UGUUGGAGUCUGCAGUGUCGCGGGUCCCGCACUCUGGUGCCCCCUGGUGUCUGUGCCGGAGAGCGGAUGUGCAGCACACGUGGGGAGAUGGAGCUGCUGGCGGCGGAGCUGUACCGGGUGCAGGCGCUGAAGUUCGGCAGCUUCACCCUGAAGAGCGGGAUCCUGUCCCCCGUGUACUUCGACCUGAGGGUGAUCGUGUCCCACCCGGCGCUGCUCAACCAGGUCGCUGACCUCCUCUACCAGACGGCUCAGGAUGCCGGCGUACAGUAUAACACGGUGUGUGGCGUCCCGUACACCGCCCUCCCGCUCGCCACCGUGAUCUGCACAUCUCACCUGAUCCCAAUGCUGAUCCGCAGGAAGGAGGCCAAAGAUUACGGCACCAAGCGUCUGGUGGAGGGCGCCAUCACCCCCGGGGAGACCUGUCUGAUCAUCGAGGAUGUGGUGACCAGCGGCUCCAGCGUCCUAGAGACGGCGGAGGUGCUGAGGAGGGAGGGGCUUCAGGUGACGGACGCCAUUGUGUUGGUGGACAGAGAGCAGGGCGGGCGGGAGAAGUUGGCGCAGAGCGGUGUCCGGCUCCACUCCAUCUGCACGCUCUCCCAGCUCAUGGACGUCCUGCAGCGACUCGGGAAGGUGGACGCCGAGAUGGUGGAGAACGUCGGCCGCUUCAUCGCCGAGAAUCAGGUGACGGCUCCGGUCCAGGCGCCCCUAAGCCCCGCCCUCAGCUACUCUGCCCGCGCCGCCCUCCGCGACACUCACCCCAUGGCCAAGCGGCUGCUGCUCCUCAUGGAGAAGAAGGAGAGUAACCUGUGCGUGUCGGCCGACGUCACGGACUCUGCGGAGCUCCUCCGGUUGGCUGCGGAGCUGGGCCCCUCCAUCUGUUUGCUGAAGACCCACGUGGACAUCCUGAGGGACUUCACCCCCGACGUCUCCUCCCAGCUCCGGGCGCUCGCCCAUCAACACCAAUUCCUCAUCUUCGAAGAUCGCAAGUUUGCAGAUAUCGGGAACACGGUGAAGCAUCAGUAUGAGGGUGGAGUUUUCAAAAUCGCGUCAUGGGCCGAUGUAGUGAACGUCCAUGCUGUGCCCGGCCCGGGGGUGGUACAAGGCCUGCAGGCGGUGGGUGAAGAGUUGGGGAGAGGCUGCCUGGUCAUUGCUGAGAUGAGCUCCAAGGGGUCGCUGGCUACUGGAGGAUACACCAAAGCGGCUGUGGCUCUGGCGGAGGAGCACCCCACCUUUGUGUUCGGCUUUAUCUCCGGCGGUAAAGUGAGCGAGCGGCCGCAGUUCCUGCACCUCACCCCGGGAGUCCAGAUGCAAGCGGGAGGAGACGCUCUGGGUCAGCAGUACCAGACCCCGCAUGAGGUCAUCGCUAACAAGAACUCUGACAUCAUCAUCGUGGGCCGCGGCAUCUUGUCGUCGAACAAGCGCCUGGAGGCUGCGGAGUUGUACCGGCGGGCCGGCUGGGAGGCGUACAUGGCCAGGAUCGGCGGUGGUGGCGGUAAAUGAGGCUUGUCCCCCUGCAGGUGGCGCCAGAGCUCAGCGGCUGACCUGGAGACUGUUCACACGCGGCAGAAGAGCGCGCGCUUACACCUGCAACUAUAUCCGGAGAACCGCAUAUUCCAUGUCAUUGCGCACGUCUCGCUGUAUUAACGAUUUAUGUUAUUUUUUUUUCCAUAAUGACGGUAGAUCGGAAAGUUCUGCAACUUCCUAAUAGAUGACAUUUCCAGGUACUGACAGCAAGCGCAGAUCUUGAAAUGGAGACAUUCAGCGGACCAAAAGUUUAGCCGCAAUAACUUCUUUCCGACCGCGCAGGAUUCUGCAGACUGGAUAACAUUGUAACGAACCCUCAGCUGUGAGAAGUAUUUUCUUUGGAUGGGUGAUUAUCAGGGUUUCCUAACCAGUUGGCCUCAAGCUGUUGCAGAGACUACAACACCCAGCAUGCCAACAUAUUUAGCAACAGCUGGAGGUCCACAGUUUGGAGACCACUGAUCUAGUCUGAUGCACUGUAACAAAUCCUCAGUCUUGUCUUGACCCCCUGAACUCCGCUCUAGUAUAAUGUAUCACUCCCAUCAUCUCUUCCUGCUUGUAAACUAGAAUGUUCCAGUCACUGAAAGCAAUCGGUGAUCUUGCGUUGUUUUUUUUUUUUU